AUGACCGGUGGCGCGACUCCCGCUACCGUCAGUGACGUAGAAUCAAGCGACAUGGCUGUCACCAAGAUCGCGAAAACGCAAAAAGACACGGAAGCGGCGACUGCAACGUACAACGUUCCGCCGCCAGUAUCGCACCCAAUCGACCCGAAUGCGCCUUCAUUGUUGAAUCUGCCCGGAGAAGUUCGCAACGCCAUCUACGAGGCACUCUUCAUUCACGAAUAUCCUAUUCAGAUCCAUGCGAAGAACCUCAAUCGACUCGGCUACCACUCCGGCUACCGCUCCUACAGUAUUAUCUCCGGAACUGCGCUCCUCCAGUCAUGUUGUCAAAUCCAGUAUGAGGCCACUGGUGUCUUGUACGCACGAAACGUGUUCCGUUUAAAGCUCCCCAAAGAUGCAGACGAGCGUAGUGGCACUAUUUGGGCUAUGGACUGGCUUCGCAUAAUUGGCAAACAGUCGUCUUCUCUUCGCGUCAUCCAGCUUGAUGUCAACAACUUGCUCGACGCCGACGAAACCUUAGAAGUCCUACCAAUACUGGAGUAUACCUGGAAGCUGGAACACAAGGAAAUGAACGUUCUAUUUGUGGCACCACCCGAGGUGCACAGUAGUAUGUCAUACUUCCAAAGCAAUCCGGAAUGGUCCGCCAGCCACAUGGCUAGGAUUAACAAAAGCUUGAGUACGCUCACCGCUGAUCCCUCGAACCUUCUUAGGAAGUAUUGGAAUUCUAAAAUGCUGUUGAGGGUCGGACUCGAUACAGAUGAAUCGGAAGUAUACGUUUCAUACCGCCAUAAUAACUCUGGUGGUGGUAACUGGAUGACGAAAGGCCGCAUGUCAAUCGGCGAUGAAGGCGAGCUGCGUGUGAUCCCGCCGAACAGGAACACAGAGUUUUGCGACCUCAUGAGUAUAUACUCCGUUAGGAAGAGGCUUUUCGAUUUGUUCCAGCCCCCAGGAGUUGAACUAACCUUCGACUUGGCGCACCAGACUACGAACAGCAACCUUAGAAGCCUAGCUGGGGUGAAUCGUUGGUCACGUCACGAAGCCAUCUCAGAAGUCUGCGAUGUCAAUUCAACCUUCAACUCAGCAACUUCGACGCCGAAAUACAACUUUGCGACCGAGCUGGAGAGAUUCACAGCCAUCCGACUACGGGGUCGCCCACGCUACUUUCAUCUGUAUUUCGACCUACCGAAGCACUCUACUCUUGAAGAUGUUCGGUUCGAUGCACUGCUACUUUUAUCUGCGAUGGAUUCGGUCAACCGCAAAGUCCAUUUAGAGAUCGAGACCAACUAA